CACACACCUAGUGAGAGGAGGUACAUAUUUCAAAGCCCCUCACUCUUAGACGAAAUGUACACCACUGCUUGUGGUCUGGUGUGCUAGAAGAAGCUAGAAGAAGCGUGUGGACUACACAUGGCAAUUCACAAAUCAGUCAGGUGUUGUGAAAAUGUUGCGUUUGAGGUGUUAAAGAAGAUGGUCUUAUUGGUCUUAUUGCUUUUCAGUGGUGUAUCUGGAGAUUAUUCAGAUGAAAGAGUGAUAUCAGUGCUGGAGGGAGAUUCUGUCACUUUAAACACUGAUGUUACUGAAAUACAGAGAGAUGAUCUGAUACUGUGGUCAUUUAGAUAUCAAAGUUCAGAGACUCGUAUCGCUGAAAUCUAUAAACAGAUCAUCUCUAUAUAUGAUAAUAAAGAGAAUAAUGAGAGAUUCAGAGACAGACUAAAGAUAGAUGAGCAGACAGGAUCUCUGACCAUCACAAACAUCACCAAAUUACACUCUGGACUUUAUAAACUACAGACCAUGGAUGUACAUGUCAAACGCAAGAGCUUCAAUCUUGCUGUCUAUGCUCUUCUUACUGUUCCAGUCAUCAGUGAUUCUCCUCAAAACCCAUCAGUGUCUGGAAGAUCUUCAGUGUCUAAUUGUUCACUGCUGUGUUCAGCUGUGAAUGUGAGUGCUGUGACUCUCUCCUGGUACAAAGGAAACAGUUUAUUGUCCAGCAUCAGUGUCUCUGAUCUCAGCAUCAGUCUCUCUCUACCUCUGGAGAUUGAGUGUCUGGAUGAUUCCUACAGUUGUGUUGUUGCUUAUUCAUUCAUCAACCGAACCACACACCUCAACAACACUGAUCUCUGUCAGACGUGUUCAGAUGGUCCUCAUGUGCCUUUCAAAGGUAUAAUUGCUGCUGUAUUUCUGCUGCUGUUAGCAAUCUCAGUUUUAGCUGUGUGGAUAUUAUGUCGCCACAGGAGCCACAAAAAAGCUGUACAAGAAAGCAAAGGGACGGCGAUAGGAGAGCGGAUCAAGGCCAUGAAGAAGGACGAGCAGGGUCAGAAGAGGGGAAGCGAAGAGAGCACUAAGAGAGAGAGGAACUUCCUGGGUCAGUCCUUUAUAGCUCGACUGGUUCAUGCCUCUGUUCGUGUGAACAACCAAUGA